AGUAACAUUGGACAAGGCAAAAUUAGAUAUGGAAAGGUGGUCAUCUCUCCCAAUAUCAUUAGCAGGGAAGAUAAAUUCUGUUAAAAUGACUGUAAUGCCACGGUUCCUGUUUUUAUUCCAGGCAAUACCAAUUUUCAUUCCUAAAUCUUUUUUUAAAGAACUGAAUAAAUGUACAUCUACCUUUAUUUGGAAAAAAACAGUCCCCCGGAUAAGAAGAGAGUUCCUAGAGAGGCAGAGAGAAGAGGGCGGCCUGGCCCUACCAAAUUAUAUGCAUUAUUAUUGGGCUGCUAACCUACAUAAGCUGUUGUUUUGGGUCUCACAGUUAAAUGAUGAUGAAACCCCAGUGUGGGUACAUAUGGAAAGAUAUGCAUCUAGCCCGGUAUCCCUACGCUCCCUGGUCUGUGCUCCUCUGCCCUUAAGCAAACACCUUUACACAAACAACCCUGUUGUACGUGACUCAAUCAAAAUCUGGGUCCAAUUCAGAACUCAUUUUAAAAACAGAAACGCCCUCCUGUCUGCUCCCGUUUAUGGCAAUCACUUGUUUUCUCCGGCCCUUGGGGGAGCAGCGUUUAGGGAAUGGUAUAGAGCUGGGGUGGAAUGUGUUAAAAAUCUGUUUAAAGAUGGUGUAUUUAUGUCUGCUGCUCAGCUGGAGAAGGAAUAUGGAAUCCCCUUAAGGACUAACUACUUCAGAUACUUUCAGAUUCGAGAUUUUGUGAGAAAGACAUUCUCCUCAUCCCUUGAAUUACCACAGAGUGGGUGGAUAGAUGGGCUAUUGGACAUGGACCCGACUCUUAAAGGGACAGUUUCUAUGCUUUAUGUGAAUAUCCAGAGGGUGGCUUCCCCAUCCCUUGAUUACAUAAAAAGGAAAUGGGAGGAAGAAUUAGAGUUGGACAUAUCGGACGAUGAAUGGAGAUGGGCAGUAGAACUAAUACAUUCUUCUUCUAUAUGUGUUAGACAUGGAUUAAUACAGUUUAAGGUGUUACACAGACUUCAUUUCACGAGGGACAAACUGGCAAGAAUUUACCAGGGAGCUGAUCCGACUUGCCCUAGAUGUAAACAGGUGCCAGCCAACAUAUGCCAUAUGUUCUGGUCUUGUCCCAGGCUCAAAGAGUUUUGGACCAAAUUUUUUGAAACCUUCUCAUCCAUCUACGACAAAAAUAUAGAGCCCGGUCCUCUGGCAGCCAUUUUUGGUGUGGCACCAGGGGAAACUCAAUUAACUAUUGCUCAAAGGAAAGCAAUAGCAUUCUCUUCAUUGUUGGCCAGGAGACUGAUCUUAUUUAACUGGAUAAAGGCAGCACCGCCAACACACAAACGGUGGGUAGAGGAGGUGAUGGCACACCUAAAAUUAGAACAUCUUAGAUUUACUUUGCAGGGCAACACUAAGAGAUAUUCUAAGGUCUGGCAGCCUUUUAUUUCCUAUUUUGAGCGUGAGUUUUCAUCUGCUCCAACAUAAUUGGCAGCUUCUGAAUCCCCCCUCCCCCCCUUUUUUUUUAUUUUAUUUUUUUUAUUAUUAUUAUUAUUGUUGUCAUUUCUAUUUAUGUAUUUAUUUUUAACCCGAGAGUGUCUGGACUACACGGGUGGUGGGUAUGUCUGAUGUCUAGUAGUAGGAUCUGUCUUGUUAUUGUUCUGUCUGUGUACUGUCCUGUACUUGUGAUGUAUGUUUUGAGUCCUACUAUUUUGUUUUGUUUUGUAUGAGAUGUCUGAUGUUUGAAUAUGAAAAUCAAUAAAAACACUUUGAUUAUUAAAAAAAAUAAAAAUAAAUAUGAUCCGAUGAAAGUGAACGAUACAUCACCUGAGGGGCCCGACCCCAUCCAGCUGUAAUAUGUAGAAUAGUCAACACCUAUACUAUUCUAGUAGAAUCGACUGUAUUUAAGAUAAUCAAUAUCCCGGAUUUACUUGAAUAACACAUUUUAAAACAAUACCAGACUAUGUUUGUUAUUGUGUAGUGUUGCUUGUGCAACCCGUUAUUUCUGAAUCGCUGCAUUGAUAAUGGUACUGUUGAUCUUCUUUGAGACGGUUGUUUACAGGCCACCUGUUGCUGACACGACGACGACGGAGAACCUGUUUGGAGGCUCCCAUGAUGUAAAAGUAACCUCUCUGUGAGCUGAGCCCUUGACAAGGAGGGACGAGUCUUGGGUUCAUGAAUUACAGGCCCGACGGCGACAGAAGAAACAAUGGCUACGAUAAUAACAACGCCCAAAACCACCCACAUGCAACAGCGCACCAAUACACGAAGAUCACCUGAACCACCCAAAUCCAUGCUAGCCUAUCAAUCAUUUUGAAUUUUUAAAAUUGUAUUAUGACUACCAAUUUUUACUUUACUUUUGCACAUGUUGAAAAUUGUAUGACCUUGUAGCACAUAACCGAAGGGUAUUAGCUUAGGAUUUCUAUGGAUACUUUUGUUUGUGUGUUGUUUGACCAUAUGAUUGCAUGAUAACAAGAUAUAUGUUCAUUGUUGUAUUGUUAAAUAAUGACCUGUAUUUCCUAUGAGACCCACAAUGUGAAUACCGUUUCAGUAUUAUGGGGACGCGUAGUGGUUUUUCUCUAUUCGAUAGAGUUGUUCCCACACGGUUGAUGGUGUUGAUGAUUUAUCCUACUUUUACUAUGUUUUCGGUGUGGUAAAUGGUGUUUAUGAUUUAAAAUAUUAUUGUAUGGUCAUCUGAGAUGACCAAGGAGGGAUUGUUACGUAUUUUAAGAGCACAAGGGUGUAUUUCCCUCACUUAACCACUAGGGAGUAGGACCAAACAUAUAAGCCGUAAAUACUAUACAUAGCCACAAGGGGAGCAAGACCUUACUGAAGGCUGCAAUAAAUACUUUAGCCACAGAAGGCAGCACCACAGACCAGGCGAGGAAGCCGAGGGUUACGUCACACCGGCUCCUCCCACUACUUCCGGGCCGCGCUGUUCAGACCAUAACAACCUACAGAUCGAGCAUGCUCUUCAGAAUUCUCCCGGCAGCUAUUGGACAGGGUUUAAAGGUCUAUUGAUCAGCUAGGAGAACGCUCGCGUCGCACGUGCUUAGACACAUCUUCAAUCUCUCUUUGCUUCAGAGUCUCAGUUUACCAUACCGAAAA